AUAUGUGUGUGUGUGUCCUGUGAACACAAAAGCCAAUGCAUAUAUAUAAUCAUGAGAGAGAGAGAGAGAGAUCUAAAUGAGCUUAUUUGAGAGAGGUUGAGGUAGUAGUGGCCGGGCUUUGGCUCUCUCUUUGCUUUGCAAUGGCUUUCUUGGUGGAGAGAUGUGGUGAGAUGAUGGUUUCCGUGGACUCUCACAAGCCAGUUCCUGCACCCUUCCUGACCAAGACCUAUCAGCUCGUUGAUGAUCCUUGCACUGAUCACAUUGUAUCCUGGGGUGAAGAUGAAACCACCUUUGUGGUGUGGAGACCUCCUGAAUUUGCAAGGGAUCUCCUGCCCAACUACUUCAAACACAACAACUUCUCAAGCUUUGUGAGGCAGCUCAACACCUAUGGAUUCAGAAAGAUUGUUGCAGAUCGGUGGGAAUUUGCAAAUGAGUUCUUCAGAAAAGGAGAGAAGCAUUUACUUUCUGAGAUCCACAGAAGGAAAACCCCUCAGGUCCCUCACCACUAUCACUACAACCACCAACACUACCAUCAAUCACCACCUCCUUUCCACAGUCCAGAUGAAAUGACCAGCUGGAUCGAGCCUUCCUUACCUCUCCGCAGCGGCGAUGCCGAGUUCCUCUCGGCUCUUUCAGAGGAUAAUCAGAGACUGAGGAGAAAGAACUCCCUCCUCCUGUCAGAGCUCACCCACAUGAAGAAGCUCUACAGUGACAUCAUUCACUUCAUCCAAGACCAUGUCGCCCCGGUACCCCCCGAACAAAGGCUUGUGAGCCCAAGGUCUGGUAGACUUAUCGAACUAGCUCCAGAUGAUCAACUCAAAUCUCCAUCAGGGCUCCAGAAUGGUUUUACGAAAAAUCGCUGCUCGGUGACCAUAACCGAGGAGUCGGAGUACAGCACUGUCAAGCUCUUUGGUGUUUCCAUCCAUGGCAAGAAGAGACUGCACUCCGAGACAGCCAGCCGCGAAGAUUCAAAUGCAAGUCAUUAGAACAAUAGGGAGGGAUUGUUGGAAGAAAAGGUUUCGUAUGAAAGAACUGAGACCAUCGAGACUGGCUAGCUCCCAUGGUGGGGGCAUUCAGUUUCACCUGUUGUUGUAGGUGACUCAUAUGCUGUUUUUGACCUUUUGCUCCUUGUUCUUCCCUUCUCACGGAAGCCGAUCAAUCUUUUCUAUGAAUAUUAGAAGCCUACUCUAGUGAAAUUAUAUUAUAAUUUUAGGUCCUUAAAGUAGUUCUCUAUCUUUAUGAA